ACGGUUCAAAACACCAGAAAAUUGGGAAUAAUGGGUGUGUAUGGCGAAGAAAAUUGGUAAAACGAUGUCAAGCUUUCGUUAGAAUUGAUAAACUUUUAGUAAAUUGGACGGACGUAGAAAAUCGGUUAUUCGUUUCUAGAUAUAGCUGUCACAUCAAAAUGUGGUUCGUGAGUGUUCGGUGCCAACUCACCUAGACCUGAACGCUGUGAUUGAAAGACCCUCGAGACUUUUUUAAUUUUUGAUAAAAAUAGUUUCUUAAUUAACAAUUAACAACGUGUCAUGAAUUAGCGUCCAAGUGACUAGUGCGAAGAAAAUAGUGACAUCAUGACAAGUUCAAUUAUUGGGGGCGGUCAGGAAUCCGUCUCCAAGUUUUUCGAGACACUCCAGGCAGAUCUGAAGGUUCUUGCUGGUGAAACUAAAAAGAAAUACCCGCAGAUUAAGGAGUCAUGCGAGGAGGGAAUCGGAAAGUUGAGAUCUGCUUCCGGAACUCCAGGAACCCAGAUAUAUUACGUCGUGAAUCAAAUUUUAUAUCCCUUGGUUCAAGGUUGUGAGAGCAAAGAUGUCAAAAUAAUCAAGUUUUGCUUGGGAGUGAUGCAAAGACUGAUAACACAACAAGCAGUGGAUCAAAAGGGUGCACGUUAUAUCACAGAUGCGCUUUGGAUGUUGAUGGAAGCAGGGACAGAGGAAGUGAAAGUUCUACAAACAGUCACAUUGUUACUCACAAGUAACACGCUCGUUCAUGGAGAAACGCUUUCAAGGAAUCUAGUUUUGUGCUUUCGUUUGCACUUUACAAAAGACUCGACAACCAUCAACACAGCCGGGGCAACUGUGCGGCAAUUGGUCUCACUAGUUUUUGAAAGAGUCGUUGCAGAAAAUGAGGAAAAUUCUGAGCAACGUUCGCCUGAAGAAGUGAAUUUAGAAGAGUUAAAAACGCCCACGAAUCAACCACCGCAGGGUCUCGGUCCUUGUGCUGCUGAUGCUUAUCUAAUGUUCCAAGAUUUAGUCCAAUUAGUGAAUGCAGAUCAGCCUUAUUGGCUGAUUGGAAUUACGGAAAUGACACGGACUUUCGGGCUUGAAUUACUCGAAUCCGUCUUAAUUAAUUUCUCCUCCGUCUUUUUCAAGCAUCCGGAAUUUAGUUUUCUUCUGAAGGAACGAGUCUGUGCUCUGGUGAUCAAAUUAUUUUCCCCAAAUAUUAAAUAUCGAAAUUCAGUGCCAGCAUCGAUUCAGCAAGCGACGCCUCUCGAUAAACCUUAUUUCCCGAUCAGCAUGAGACUCUUGAGAGUGGUUUCUAUAUUGGUCCAAAAAUAUCAUUCAUUGCUUGUAACAGAGUGUGAAAUCUUUCUUUCCCUGAUUGUCAAGUUUUUGGAUCCUGACAAGCCAGUUUGGCAGCGAGCUUUGGCAUUGGAAGUUCUGCACAAAAUGACAGUGCAGUCUGAUUUGCUCAGGAGUUUUUGUAACUGCUAUGAUCUCAAACCACACGCAACAAAUAUAUUUCAAGAUAUUGUUAAUAGUUUGGGUGCUUAUGUGCACAGUCUUUUUGUCAAUCCGCACAUGGUUGGUCCUGCCAGUAUGGGAUCAACAACUCCUGCCGCACAAUCAACGGCACCUGCACUUUUGGCUGGCCUGCCGAUCGGCCCCGGAGUUUCUCCUCAACCUGGUUUUUAUUCGAGAGGAAUCUGGUUACCAGUUGUAGUCACUUUUCCAAGUGGACAAGCCAAGUCAACAUAUUUGGAUAUGCUGGAUAAAAUCGAACCACCUCAAAUCCCAGAUGGUUACGGAAUCAGUAUUGCCUACGCGUGUUUGUUGGAUAUCAUUCGAUCGAUCGCUUUGGCGAUUAUUGGAUCGAGGGAAGAAAAUACAGAACAUCGUUACAAUCCUUCAGAGGCAGAUAAAAAGCUGCAUGUUCAGUUAAUUAAUUCUAGUUGGUGUGGUUUAUUGGCAGCUCUGAGUCCUUUGGUAGAUGCGAGCACCGAUGAAUCCGCGACGGAAAAUGUCCUCAAGGAAAUCCAAACUUUCGCUUCAUUGUGUGGCUUGCUCGAUUUACACACUCCCCGUGACGCUUUCAUAACAGCGAUUUGCAAAGCUUCCUUGCCUCCACAUUACGCCCUGACAGUUUUGUACAAUGCGCCACAAGGAAUUGCGAGUGCACGUCCUCAGGAAUCACUGCAAUAUAAUCCUGCGUCUCUGGGAGAAUCGGAUUAUCGACAACAGGUCGUUGCUGUUGGGACUCCUUUGCCUACAGCCUCACUUCCAAUCGGUGCUCAACAAGGACCCGUGAUGUUGACAGUGAAAAAUUUGCAGUGCAUGCGAGCUCUUCUUUUAUUGGCACACUGUCAUGGCAGCAUUUUGGGAAGUGCCUGGCAUUUGGUUUUAACUACUCUUCAACAUCUAGCUUGGAUUUUGGGACUGAAACCUUCAACGGGGGGAUCUUUGAAGGCGGGAAAAUCUGCUGCGGACUCGAAUGCAAUGUUGACUACUGCUGUCAUGGCAGAUUUGCCAGUUCUUAGUGCUAUGCUCAGUAGAUUAUUCGAAAGCAGUCAACACCUUGACGAUGUCGCACUUCAUCAUUUGAUCGACGCUCUCUGCAAACUUAGUCAUGAAGCUAUGGAAUUGGCUUAUUCUAACAGGGAACCAUCCUUAUUCGCUGUGGCUAAACUUUUGGAAACUGGACUUGUGAACUUGCCUCGUGUAGAAGUUUUGUGGAGGCCUUUGACAAAUCAUUUGCUGGAAGUUUGUCAGCAUCCUCAUAUUCGAAUGAGGGAAUGGGGAGUCGAAGCAAUCACUUACCUGGUCAAAGCUGCACUACAGCACAAAUAUCCACAACCUCUUCGAGAUAAUCAAAAACUUCAGGUACUGCUUCUUGGACCUUUAUCAGAAUUAUCGUCCGUUCGUCAUGCGGAUGUAAGACAGAGGCAAUUGGAGUGCGUUUUACAAGUUCUACAUGGUGCUGGGGAAACUCUUUUUCAUGGAUGGCCUUUAGUUCUUGGAAUAAUUGGCGCCGUUUCGGACCAUCACGGAGAAAACCUGGUUCGUAUAGCGUUCCAGUGUCUACAAUUAGUAGUUACCGAUUUUUUACCAGUGAUGCCUUGGCGUUGUCUUCCUUUGUGUGUCGAUACUGCUGCUAGAUUCGGAUCUCAAACCCAGGAAUUAAACAUCUCACUCACUGCCGUAGGAUUAAUGUGGAAUAUUAGUGACUACUUUUACCAAAACCAGGAGAAGUUGUGCGCCUCUUUGCGAGGAGAUUUAGCGAACGUCUUUCCUGAUUUUCCUGGAACGACUAAUAUGCCACCUUUUGAUAAACUUUGGAUGUGUCUUUACGCGAGAUUAGGCGAUCUGUGCGUGGAUUCGCGACCCGCGGUGCGAAAAUCAGCUAGUCAGACUUUAUUUUCAACGAUCUCGGCUCAUGGAAGUCUUUUGCAUCAGCCAACCUGGCAAGCUGUACUUUGGCAGGUACUUUUUCCUCUGCUUGAUAAAGUCAGAAGUUUGUCGAGUUCGGCGAGCAACGAGAAAGUCGAUACUGGAGGAAAUAUUCUUAUUCAUCACAGUAGGAAUACGGCACAUAAACAAUGGGCAGAGACGCAGGUUUUGACUUUGAGUGGUGUUGCAAGAGUUUUCAACACAAAACGCCAGUUGUUACAAAUGUUAGGCGAUUUCCCAAGAGCAUGGUCCCUUCUUCUUGAAUUUAUUGAAAACUCAGCCCUUAGUAAAAACAACGAGGUUUCCUUGGCAGCUUUGAAAUCCUUCCAAGAAAUUUUGUAUUUGCCCAAAAACGCGGACAAUAAUGAUCCAGUUAAUUCUGAAGAUUCUGAAGCAUUGUGGUUAGUAGCUUGGCGAGUUUGGUUGAGUAUUGGAACGGAAAGUACAACCCCGCCACAAGAGAACGAAGUCGAACCUUAUAUUCCCUCUCAGGCGUUUUUAACUGCGCUCGUUCAAAUAUUUCCAGCAGUAUUUCAACAUAUUAAAAAUAAGUACACUAGUAACGAUUUACAAAAACUGUGUUCGGUUUUGAAAAACGCAGUCGCUGUGCCUGUUCAUGGAGAGUCGACGCCCUACAUUUUACCUACAAUUCCAGACGCUAUUCUCACACAACUCCAAGAUGGAAUUCUCCACUCUAUGGAACUUUUACAAAAGGAGGCACUUUUGGGACCAGAAAAUUUAAAAACAAUGAUAGGACCCAUUUUUCUGCAGCUUCUUUACUUCCUAAAAUUGGCUUGCGAAGCACCGACUUAUGGAAAAAUUGCUACAAAGCAAAUUUCGCAAGUCAGAGGGGUAUCUGCCGACUGGGUGACUAUGAACUACGUGCCUUUUGGAGAAAAAGCCUUAUCCAUGGUAGUAAGUUUGUAUCAAAAAACUGCCCACGAAUCUCCGGUAAUCGAGGGCCAAAUUUUGAGGCACAUCAUAGAAGCACUGCAUGUGCCUUUGUCCAUGAAAUAUAGCUGUCCCUCCCAAACGACCUGGAAAUUGGCGAUUACGAGUCUCCUCGCGAUUUUGCAUACUGGAAUCCCUUUAGCGAGAAAGUACUCGGAACAGUUUCAGAGCAUGUGGCCGAAAUUAGCGGAUACACUGGACGAUUUCUUAUUUCCUAAAAGUGCUCUAAACACGGAGAGAGGCGUGGAGGAAAUUCAAGCAGACGAAGCUGUAGAUUGUCAAGUAAUGGAACUUCUUCGAGACGAAGUUUUGCCUCAUUCUCAACACAUUCCGCAUCAAUUUAUUCUUCGAGUCGUUAUGCUUCUCAAUAAAGGAUCCAUCCAUUCAGCCACGGCGACAAAUAUAGAGAAAAAUGGGGAGCCAAAAUUGCGAGAAGAAUUCGCAAAGACCUGUUUCGAGACUUUGCUUCAGUUUUCGUUGCUCGAUGGACUGAACAACGAGAUUGAUUUAAACAAGGAAAAAAUGCCGGAAGACGAAGGCGGAGUUGCCGGAAGAUUGGCGGUGACAGCUUUACUUCAUAGGUUUCAAGAAGUUCUCAAACGUUAUAUCGAUGAUGAGAAGAGAAGUGGAAAAUGUCCCUUACCAAGAUACAGGUUGUCAGAGAUAUCAUUCGUUUUGAAAGCUGUUGCGACACUCGUUGUUUCUCUUAAAAAGGCUCCUGCAAACAAAGUUGAACGGUCGGUUUGGGAACAACUGAUCAAUCUUUAUCCAUGUCUCGUUGAAUGUACGAUUACGACUCCAUCUGGACCAGUUUCUCGAUCACUUCGGGAAGCUUUGAUGCAGUAUCACGAUUUAUUACGGCCUCCUGUAAUAAAUGCACUGACGUCGAAUGGCGUUUGACCUACGCAUUCGAUUUUGUUAAAACGGAGCCUAAACGUCUGUAAUAAUACAAAGUGAUGGUGAGUUCUAGAUAAAAAAAAGAAGUCCUAUUGAAGUCUGAUUCGGAAAAAAGCAUUUCGAUUUUGGAUUCAUAUCUUUUUUCUCCAAAAAGUGCAAAUUUUGAAAGCUUCGACAACUAAUGAAAAAGAAAUGACAUUUCAAAUAAUUAUCUGAAAAGAACAUUUUUAGGAAGAAACGACUUUUAAAAAAGUCUUUUUUAAUUAAAAGUUUUAAAACAACUUUUUAAAAAGUCAAACUUUUAUUUAAACUUAUACUCACUUUUUUUGUUUCGGAUGCAUGUAGGGCGGUUUGAAGUUCCUUUGAAGGGACAUCAAUUUUCUGUAUAAAUCAGUUUAUAAUCGGCCGCUUUUUUAUAGUGCGUAUGUAAAUAUUUCUAAAAUAUUUAUACCAACCUUAGCUCUCCUUUUCUCGCGUAAGCAAUGCGUCUUUUUUGCGCUUUUUUAAAACGAGCUUUAUCCAACAGUGUUCAAGUGAAUCGACUUUUUUAAAUAAAUUAAAAUUAAUUAUAACAGACGAUGAGAAUGGAAUAAAAUAAGAAUAUUGUAACGCUAAAGUAGAUAAAAGAAUCUUAAUAGAUUUCUUAAUUGGAACGAAAUUUCAUAGCUCGAGAAUAAUCAAUUCGGAUUUUGGGCAGUAUUUUUGCUCAUCGAACCUCAUUAAUAAUCACAUUAAUCAUAAUAAAUAACUAAAUCUCGUUGUUGUUAUCCGUGAGUGUUUUCCAUUAUUCGAGCCUAUAAUUCAAGCUGAUUAAAUCUAAGUUUCGAGAAAUAAGACUUUAGAUCAUUCAAAAAAAUGUCAAUUCUGUAGACAAAUUUACAUUCCCGAUAAGCUAAGCUUCUCUUGAAAUGAAUUUUCCAAUAAAAAUAGAGACUUGAAAAUUUGAUAAGGUAGCGUUCAUUAAUUACGUGAAAAUUUUUUUGUGGAGGUCCCCGAAAAAUAUAUAGAGUCGUGGAACCCCGAGAAAUAUUGGUAAUUCUUU